CUCGCGAGAGCCGGCUAGUAAACAGCCCGCUUUCGCUCUGCCGCCGCUGCUGCCGCUGCUGCGCUCAGUCUUCCCAUCCCGGCGCGGGGCUGAGCCAGAGGUUGCAGGCGAGGGAAGCGGCCGGCUUUGCAAGCGGAGAGCGCAGCCAGGGCGCGGGAGCGCAGCGCAGCCGGGCAAGUGCAGGUUACUAUGGCAAUGACGGCGGCGACUCCGACGUCUUUCCCGAUGAGCAACCACACCCGGGAACGAGUCACGGUGGCCAAACUUACCUUGGAGAACUUCUAUAGCAACCUCAUCUUGCAGCAUGAAGAACGAGAAACCAGGCAGAAGAAACUAGAAGUAGCCAUGGAGAAAGAAGGCUUAGCAGACGAAGAGAAAAAGCUUCGGAGAUCUCAACACGCCCGCAAAGAAACUGAAUUUUUACGGCUGAAGAGGACAAGGCUGGGCCUGGAUGACUUUGAAUCUCUCAAGGUGAUCGGAAGAGGGGCCUUUGGCGAGGUCCGAUUAGUUCAGAAAAAAGAUACGGGUCAUAUUUACGCCAUGAAAAUAUUGAGAAAAGCCGACAUGUUGGAAAAAGAACAAGUGGCUCAUAUACGAGCAGAAAGGGACAUCCUCGUUGAAGCCGAUGGAGCCUGGGUCGUGAAGAUGUUCUAUAGUUUUCAGGACAAACGCAACCUUUACCUCAUUAUGGAGUUUCUUCCAGGAGGUGAUAUGAUGACUUUGCUCAUGAAGAAGGAUACGCUGUCCGAGGAGGAAACACAGUUUUAUAUCUCAGAAACCGUGCUUGCUAUCGAUGCCAUUCACCAACUGGGGUUUAUUCACAGAGAUAUUAAACCCGAUAAUCUUCUGCUGGAUGCAAAGGGCCAUGUAAAACUCUCUGAUUUUGGGCUAUGCACAGGUUUAAAGAAAGCUCACCGAACCGAAUUCUACAGAAACCUUACGCACAAUCCGCCGAGUGACUUCUCUUUUCAGAACAUGAAUUCCAAAAGAAAAGCAGAAACGUGGAAGAAGAACAGACGACAAUUGGCCUAUUCUACUGUCGGGACUCCAGACUACAUCGCACCCGAGGUUUUCAUGCAAACGGGUUACAACAAACUCUGCGAUUGGUGGUCUUUGGGAGUCAUCAUGUACGAAAUGCUAAUAGGAUACCCACCCUUUUGUUCUGAAACGCCCCAAGAAACGUAUAGAAAAAUUAUGAACUGGAAAGAAACCUUGGUAUUUCCACCGGAAGUGCCCAUUUCAGAAAAAGCAAAGGACCUCAUUUUAAAAUUUUGCACUGAUGCUGAAAACAGAGUCGGCAGCAACGGAAUAGAAGAAAUCAAGAGCCACGCAUUUUUCGAAGGGGUGGAUUGGGCCCACAUCAGAGAAAGGCCAGCGGCGAUCACUAUAGAAAUCAAAAGUAUAGAUGACACCUCGAAUUUUGACGAGUUCCCUGAAUCUGAUAUUUUACAACCAGUGCCGAAUACCACCGAACCGGAUUUCAAGUCCAAAGACUGGGUUUUCCUGAAUUACACCUACAAGAGAUUCGAAGGGCUGACUCAGCGGGGCUCCAUCCCUUCUUACAUGAAGGCUGGGAAGUUGUGAGAGACGCAGCGGGCCAGGAAGCGUAAGAACUCAGGUACCCCGCCCAUCUCCACUCGAUCUCCACCCUCUUCCGACAUUCCCGCAGACCGGCACCUGCGGACUCAUCCCAACCCCUCCCAAAAUUAAGGAAUUCUACCGGAUUAGAAUUUUCUGAGACUACUACGGACAAUUAGUUGGCAGUGCCAGCUGGCGGCUUCUAUCAAUAGUGAAUUAUUUUUGUUAAACUUUAUUACAACUGAGGUACUGGAAAUUGAAAGAAAGAAAGAAAAAGAAAGAGAGAGAAAAGAAGAAGAAGAAGAAGCAACCGACGUUCUUCCUUUUAUCUGCACUGCCGAAAUGUACGUUAUAAGGAGUCAAUUCCGCCUCUUGGGUCACUUGGUUUACGGUUGGAAGUACGUGUCGGUUCGCCCAGGUGUUCAAAAGAUGGUGUGUGUGUGUAAGAGGCAACCUUGUCCUCAACAAAGGUAUUUUACCUGGGCAGGUUUUUAAGGUAGAAAGGACAGGUAAUCCUCGACUUACAAAAGUUGGUUUCGAAGCUGCAACUGCGCUGAAAAAAGUGACUUACAGCCAGGGGUGGGUUCAAAAAUGUUAGCAACAGGUUCUCUGCCCAGUUGCUGGGUAGGUGUAGCCAUGGUGGGCAUGGCCUACUUAGCCUCCUGUGGUGCGGCGGGGGGAUGUUUUCGUCCUCCCCAACCUCCGGAGGGUUUUCUCGAGCCUCCGGGAGGGCGAAAACAGCCUCCCCUGUGCUCCGGAGGGCCUCCCACUUCUGGGAGGCCCAGCCACAUGUACCUGGCAUCCAAAACAGGCCGCGUGGAGACUCCUGGGAGGGGUGGGGUGGGUGGGGCCAGCCAGUCCUCACAACUACCGGUUCGGCGAAGCAGCUGUAAGAUUAGCCUCCGGUUCGCCUGAACCGGUCUGAACCAGCUGAAUCCCACCCCUGCUUAUGGUCUUUUUUCCCCCACGCUUACGUUCGUUCCAGCCUCCCAGGGAUCGAAAUUCAGCCGUUUGCCAACUGACUCAUAUUUGUGAUCCCCUUUUGCAACCUUCCAAACGAGCAAAAAGUCAACGGGGAAAGCCGGAUUCGCUUAACAACCGUGUGACUUGCUUAACGCCUGCGGCGAUUCGCUUAACAACCGUGGCUAGAAAGGUCGCAAAAGGGUCGACAAGCGAACCAAAGUGUCGCUUAACCACAGAGGGUUUGGGGCCCCGUUUGCGGUCGUACGUCGAGGACUACCUGUAUGAAAAACACAAAGAACGGGGAAGCCACGUUCAAUAACUUGGUUUCUUACGGAGGAAGGACGGUGAAUGUAAGAAGCCGCGGUAAAGUUAUUUAAACUAGCUAUUUUUAAAUAGGUUUUUUUUGGCCACACUCGCUGGCUUUCUGCUCUCGCUCAGGGCUCCUUAAUCUUUAACACUAAAGAGAAGUGACUCCUUGAGAUUGUAAUUCGUAGUCAAACUGGUUUGGAAUUGGAUUCAACCCUAAGCUGCACCUUUCGAAAGGGAGAUGCCACUUUUAUCAAAUACAAGCGAGUGGCAGCUUUCAUCUCAAAUUGCCGGAAAACAUCUUAAAGCAAACAAAAAAAAAUUAAUAAUACAUUUGACUCAGCCGUCAGCUCAUCUCUUUUUUUUGCUAGUUUCACUUCCUUCUGAAUUUAACGUCGCUACGAUGCUUCGUGCCAUUUUGUUCUCCUCUCGAGUACCAAAGAUCCUGAAAUUGCUUGACCGAUUCCGUUUUGUUUUUCUUUUCUUUCUCCUGAAUGACAAAGGAUAAAGAAAAAACUUUUCUUUUUUUUUUUUUAAACGAGGGGUGCUGAACAAAACAAAACAAAAAAGAUAAAAACCGUUCCUUUCCAUUUUUAUUUUCAAACUUGUCGAGUUCUCCUGAAUGAAAAUGCUGCCAGUUGCUGGGUUUAGGAAAGCGAUUUAUUUUUCACGAGGGGGUUAAAGAAGUUAACAGAAUAUAACAAGAGCCGGAAGGGACCUUGGAGGUCUUCUAGUCCAACCCCCUGCUCAAUCAGGAGACCCUAUGUCGUGUCCCACUCCUCCGCUGACGGCCGGGUCAGGGAAAUCCGAAUCAAGCGUGCCUCCGCAGCUCUGCCAAAGUCCUAGCAAAGUCCUCAGGGCAGGCAGGAGACCAGAAAGUGACUUCAGCAAGAUAUGUUUAGACUUUGCCUGACUCAGAGAAUGCCAGAAAGCAGGUCCUUUAUAUAGGCCAUGGGGUGUGGCUCCAUGACUCAGCACUUAUCCAGGCCUGCCCCUCCCUUCCUUCUGUUGCCUCCGCCUAUCAAGUCUUCUGACGCGAGGGUCACUCCAGUCUGCAGCUGUUGGCAAUUGACCUCCCUCAGGCUCACAUGCUGUGGAGGAGGGUCUAGUUGCUCCGUUUGCCUGGGCAUGGAGCCAGAGCUGGGGGCUGGAGAUACUUCCUCCUCUUCAGCCUGUCUGGGCAUGGAGCCAGGGCUGGGGCCGGGAGGCAUACUAGGACAUUCCUCCGUGUUCGGAAGCAGAUAAGAAGGCCCCGGCUGUGGUGAGAUCGGACGAGACACAAAACCCUAUACCGUUUGAGACAAAACCAUGACUUUCCAAUUUUUAUUUUUUGACCUUGUCGAGUUCUCCUGAAUUAUAAAUCCUGCCAAUUGCUGAGUUUAGGGAAGCGAGGGUGGGUCGAAUGCUGUAUUUGAUAGAUUUAUUUUUCUACGGGGAGUUUGAGUUAAAGAGGAUAACAGAAUAACAGAGGGACCUUGGCAGUCUUCUAGUUCAACCCCCUGCUCAAGCAGGAGAUCCUAUAUCAGUGAUGGCAAAUCAGGGAUGGCGUGCCAGGAGGGGGCAGCGGGGGUGUGUGUGUGCGCAUGUGCCCACACCCAUAAUUUUAUGCGCCCCGCCUCCUAGGCUCUGGAGGCUGGGGACAGCAAAAAAGGUCACUUCCUGUCCAACUGGAAGUUGAGAAAUGAGCCGUUUCUGGCCUCCAGAGGGCCUCUGUGGGGGGGAAGGCCGUUUUCGCCCUCCCCAGACUCAUAGAGAGGCUCUCGAGCCAGGUGAGAGAGAAAAACAGGCCUUCCCCACCACUACCCAGGCCCUCCGGAGGCAGGAAACAACCUGUUUCCCUACUUCUAGCAGGCCCAGAAGGCCCGAAAAUCAGCGGGCCGGCACACGCAUGCGCACCGGAGCUGAGCCCGCGUGCGCACUGAUAUGGCUAAGGGUGCCACCUGUGGCAUGCAUGCCACAGAUUCGCCAUCACAGUCCUAUAUCAUUUCAGGCUCCCCAGUCUCUUCUUCAAAGCCUCCAGUAAUGAAGUACCCAGACCUUCUGGUGGCAAACUGUUCCACUGGUUAAUUUUCCUGACUGUCAGGAAGUUUCUCCUUAAUUUCAGGUUGCUUCUCUCCUUGAUUAGUUUGCUGGGAUUAUUUGGGGUGGGGGUGGGGAUUUACAAGAUGAGGCUUCCCAACAUUAAUGGGGGGCAUCUACAGAAGCUUCCUGCAAGCCCCACCCCUUCUCGUCAUGUUGAGUGACAUUAUGACACAUACAGAAAUGGGGCGGGAUUUAUGGGAUAACAUUAAUUGUGUUAUUCCGUUCCUCUGCAGACACUAUUGGUCCAAAGCUCGUUAAAAGCUUUCCAAGUCUGAGUUUUAUAUUUACAUUUUUGACUGCAGGUUUUGUUUUCCCCUUUUUAACCACGUAUCCAGCAGUUCCUGGGGCAUUAAUCGGUUCUUCAAGAUUAUUCUCAUUUUCUUUUCGAACACUGCAAGCAGGUUGUUUUCAGGUUGAUUUCAUUUCAAACGUUCGGGAUUUGAAUGGCCACUGUACCUUUCCCCUUUUUUAAAAAAAAAUAAAAAAAAUAAAAUCAAAUAAAUUCCGUAGUUGUGGUUUGCAAAAAAAAAAAAAAAAAGUUACAAUAGAAGGCAUUAUAAAUAUUUAUAUAAGGCUUUUUACAGCAUAUGAAAUAAAGAUGG